GAUUACCUUUUGGUUUCUAAAAUUUUGCUCGUCUAUUUCUUUUGAGGAUGAAGUUUUAAAAAUUUUAGGGAAAAGGUAGAUUAGUUACUACAUGAGAAAGGUUAUCAGUAAAUACGCUUAGUUUUUUAAAAUUAGUUACAAAGUUUUAUGCUUUGCAAGCUUAACUGCCCUACGUAUAUGAUUGUUGGACUUACAUAAUUGGUAAAGCUAUGCAAUUACUUUCUUUAGGAGGGGGCAACCUCUGCCCCAACCUUAGGAUGUCGCCUUAUCCUUUUUGUGAAAAAAAUAUAGUUACAAAAUUGCUGUAAGAAAUAUUGCAAGACAAAUAUAGCACUCUUAAAAUUAUCUCCUUGACAUCCUUAUCAUAUCUAUUUAUACAAAAAUAUCAUAAAAAAUAGAACAAAAUUUAAAAAUAGCUCAGUCAAACCCAAAACAAGCUUGUACAUUGGCAUAUAACAAAAAGAAGUUGAAAAAAGAAAGCAAAGAAGAGCAAUGCUAGACUGAACCAAAAUUAUCUUUCUAAUAUAUUAAAGAACACAAUUUGACUCUAUAUAUAUUACUAAUAUUUUUAGACUUUGAACAAAAACUUGAUUAUUUAUAUGCAUCAUACUAAAAUUGUAAGUCCAGGGGGAUAUUCCUUAAAUGUGCAUGUUGUUUAGAAUUCAGGGCUUAGUUAUCUAAUCCGAAUAUUAGAUCCAGUUGUACAAAUCCUGAAAAAGUUCCAAAAGGUUUGGCUUGAAAAUAGGAUAGAGGCAGAGACAGGGGCAGUUUUCUUAAAGAAGACAAUGACAUAGUCCUUUUCUUCUUUCUCUAGCAAGAGAGGAAUAGAAAGAAGAAGAAGAAAUCCAUGCUCUCGCUUCUGUUGCCUCUCUCUGAAAACAUAUAUUAUCUCUGAACGAGAGCGAGACAGAAAACAAGUUGCUGUUGAGCACCAGAGGGGCUGGCUUGCAAAAACUUUGGAAUGCCGAAGGUUGUGCUGCUGUUUUUGAGUCUGCUUACAUGGGUUUGUUCUACAAUAGGCUCUGUGACUUAUGACCAUAAAGCCAUCAUCAUUAAUGGUCAGAGAAGAAUUUUGAUUUCUGGCUCUAUUCAUUAUCCAAGAAGCACACCCCAGAUGUGGCCGGACCUCAUACAGAAGGCUAAAAAUGGAGGGUUGGAUAUUAUAGAGACGUAUGUAUUCUGGAAUGGCCAUGAACCUUCUCCUGGCAAGUAUUACUUCGAGGAAAGAUACGAUUUGGUGAGGUUUAUAAAGCUGGUGCACCAAGCUGGCUUAUAUGUUCAUCUUCGGAUCGGUCCAUAUGUCUGUGCGGAAUGGAACUAUGGUGGAUUUCCUGUUUGGCUAAAGUUUGUUCCUGGCAUCGCCUUUAGGACAGACAAUAAACCUUUCAAGGCGGCUAUGCAAAAAUUCGUUUAUAAGAUUGUCGAUCUGAUGAAGUGGGAGAAGUUAUAUCACACUCAGGGAGGACCCAUUAUUUUGUCUCAGAUUGAGAAUGAAUAUGGACCGGUGGAAUGGGAGAUAGGUGCCCCAGGUAAAUCUUAUACCAAAUGGGCUGCUCAAAUGGCACUAGGUCUUAAAACUGGAGUCCCAUGGGUGAUGUGCAAGCAAGAGGAUGCUCCUGACCCUUUGAUUGACACCUGCAAUGGGUUUUACUGCGAAAAUUUUAAACCAAACAAGAUUUAUAAACCCAAAAUAUGGACAGAAAACUGGAGUGGUUGGUACACUGCAUUUGGUGGUCCAACUCCUUACAGGCCACCUGAAGAUGUGGCCUUUUCAGUCGCAAGAUUCAUACAGAAUGGUGGUUCUCUCGUCAAUUAUUAUAUGUACCAUGGAGGAACUAACUUCGGUCGAACCUCUGGUCUUUUCAUUGCCACUAGCUACGACUUUGAUGCUCCAAUAGAUGAAUAUGGCCUAUUAAGGGAACCGAAAUGGGGACAUCUAAGAGAUUUGCACAAAGCCAUCAAGUCGUGCGAACCUGCUUUAGUAUCAGCAGAUCCUACCAGUACAUGGCUUGGGAAAAAUCAAGAGGCUCGUGUCUUCAAGUCACGUUCAGGGGCAUGUGCUGCUUUCCUAGCAAAUUAUGAUACAUCAGCUUCUGUAAGGGUCAACUUUUGGAAUCACCCAUACGAUCUACCACCAUGGUCCAUCAGCAUCCUUCCUGAUUGCAAAACUGUAACUUUCAACACUGCAAGGAUUGGGGUUAAAAGUUACCAGGCAAAAAUGACGCCAAUUAGUUCGUUUUGGUGGCUUUCGUACAAAGAAGAACCUGCCUCUGGUUAUGCUAGUGAUACAACAACCAAGGAUGGGUUAGUGGAGCAAGUAAGCGUCACCUGGGACACAACAGAUUAUUUGUGGUAUAUGACAGAUAUAAGGAUCGAUUCGACUGAAGGCUUUCUAAAGACCGGACGAUGGCCACUUCUCACCGUCGAUUCGGCAGGCCAUGUUUUGCAUGUUUUCAUAAAUGGCCAACUAUCUGGAUCUGUAUAUGGAAGUUUGGAGGAUCCUAGAAUAACUUUCAGUAAAUAUGUUAAUCUAAAGGAAGGAGUUAACAAGCUUUCCAUGCUGAGUGUUACUGUUGGUCUUCCGAAUGUUGGCCUGCAUUUUGAUACUUGGAAUGCUGGUGUUUUAGGCCCUGUCACAUUGAAGGGUCUGAACGAGGGCACUCGAGACAUGUCUAAAUAUAAAUGGUCUUACAAGGUUGGUUUGAAGGGAGAAAUCUUGAAUCUUUAUUCUGUUAAAGGAAGUAAUUCUGUGCAAUGGACGAAAGGCUCAUUGGUUCAAAAGCAACCUCUCACAUGGUACAAGACCACUUUCAAUACUCCGACUGGCAACGAACCAUUGGCUUUAGACAUGAGCAGCAUGAGUAAAGGUCAAAUAUGGGUUAACGGUCGGAGCAUUGGCCGCUAUUUUCCUGGAUAUAUUGCAAAUGGCAAGUGUAACAAAUGCAGUUAUACUGGAUUCUUUACUGAGAAGAAAUGUUUGUGGAACUGUGGUGGACCCUCUCAGAAAUGGUAUCACAUUCCCCGCGACUGGUUAAGUCCAAAUGGCAACUUGUUGAUAAUUUUUGAAGAAAUUGGUGGGAAUCCCGGAGGGAUUUCUUUGGUUAAGAGGACUGCAUUCUGAUGGUGAUAUCACAAUGAAGCUUUUUGUCGAGGCUGCCCUGCAACUAAUGAUGGAGUUUAUGCUAAAUUCACACACAGUGAUGAAGUUUGUUAAUAUACAUAGAAAUAUAUGAUAUUCUUAGGUUCAAAACUUUGAUCCCAAGAUUCAAACUCAUUCUUGGGUUCAAAGCUUUGAUCUGUUUAUUUGGAGGUCUAGGACUUUAUGUAAAUAUAUUUUUUAUACGAGCAUUGUUGUAUCGAGAAAUUAGGAGUUUGAAUCUCCCAAACUCCACGAGUUGUUAAACUAAAAAUGAAUAAAAGUUAAAUAACAUUUUCUAGUC